UCAAGAUCCAAUCAGCGUGGAGGAACAAAAUAGAACAACAAACAAGCUCGACUGGGUUACGGCUAAAAGAGUAGUGGAUGAGACUAAGGUGAGAUGGGCAAUCGGGAGCUUUGAACCAUACAAGGCACCAGGCCCAGAUUCGAUCUACCCAAUUCUCUUGCAGCAAGGAAUCUCCAUUCUGAAUCCUCAUCUAUGCAGGUUAUACAAAGCCUGCAUAGCAUUUGGAUACAUACCUAAGGUAUGGAGAGAAGUCAAAGUGAUCUUUAUACCUAAACCAGGUAGACCGGAUUACAACGACCCUAAGGCAUAUAGGCCAAUAAGUCUACAAUCUUUUCUUCUCAAAUCGCUUGAAAAACUUGUAGAUAAGUACAUAAGACAAGGACCACUAAAAAGAUUUCCUCUACAUGAGCUACAAUGUGCAUACCAGGCAGGGAAAUCUACAGAAACUGCGCUACACUAUGUAACCGGCAGGGCGGAGGCGGCUCUUGAGAGUAGGGAGGUUACUGUUGGGACAUUUGUCGACAUAGAGGGGGCAUUUGACCGCACUACCUUCGUCUCUAUAGGAGCUGCUGCUUCUGACCACGGGGUACCACUACCUCUAUGCCGGUGGAUAGACUGUAUGCUUAAAGGCAGGAUUAUUCAAUCAGAACUGCAAGGAGAGUGCAUGAGUGUAAGGACUGUCAAGGGCUGCCCGCAAGGGGGGGUACUCUCACCCUUGCUAUGGAGCCUGGUCGUGGACUCACUACUUGUGAAACUUAACAAAGGACCACUCUACACGGUUGGAUAUGCAGAUGAUUUGGUAAUUAUGGUAAGGGGCAAGUUCCCAACUAUUGUGACAGACAUCAUGCAAAGAGCCCUCAACACACUGGAAGAGUGGUGUGACAAAAACCACCUCUCGGUGAAUCCGGGAAAAACGAAUGCUAUUGCAUUUACAAAAAUGAGAAAUACAACAGGGCUAGGACAUCUCUACCUUUAUGGUAAACAGAUAACCUGGACCAAUGAAGUGAAAUAUCUAGGGGUAAUCCUAGAUAAGGAACUUACAUGGCGUAAACACCAAGAUACGGUCAUAGCUAAGGCUAUGAGAGUGCUGGGAAUGUGUCGUGGUGCAUACGGGAAGACAUGGGGACUUAGUCCCAGAGUGAUGAGGUGGAUCUAUAUAACUAUGGUGAGACCAAUAAUACUUUAUGGCAGCAUUGUCUGGUGGCCUAGAAUUAGGUUACAGACGUGCAGAACGGCACUGGGCAAAUUGCAAAGAACUGCAUGCCUAGCAAUAACGAGUGCGUUUAGAACUACGCCAACUGCAGCAUUGGAGAUUAUUCUGGGAUUGCCCCCACUGCACUUGGCGCUAGAAGUAGAUGCAAGGAAGGCGCUGCACAGACUGAAGGGGGCGGGACUUUGGAGUACAUCCAAACCUUGCACCAAGCACACAAGGAUGGGGAGCGAUCCUCAAUUAGAUGCAAUAAUGGACAUGGGUUGUGAUACAAUGCAGCCUAGGUACAUGUUUAGCAAGGAUUUCAAAGUGUCUAUACCAACAAGGGAAGACUGGAAAAGAGGACUAAAACGUCAACAAGACAGCCUGAUCUGGUAUACUGACGGCUCCAAGAUGAACUCAGGAACAGGAGCGGGCGUCUACUCCAAACAAUCUGAGCACAGUGAAAGCUUAGGGAGGUUUGCAACAGUGUUUCAAGCUGAAACCUAUGCUAUAAUCAUGUGCGCAGUAAGGAAUAUAGAACAGGCGCAUAAAAAGCGUGACAUUUACAUAUUAAGUGACAGUCAGGCAGCACUCAAAGCCAUUGCCUCAGUGAGGGUUGGAUCCAGACUCGUUCUGGAGGCAAUCUUGGCACUGAAUAAACUUGGAAGGCACAACAGGGUGACCCUCAUGUGGGUACCUGGACAUACUGGAAUCGAAGGCAAUGAGAGAGCCGACAGUCUAGCGAGACAAGGGUCAGAGGCGGCACCUAUUGGGCCAGAGCCGAUAGUGCCCUUAUCUAUGAGCACUUUACACAUGGCCAUGAGGCAAUAUAUAUCCAGGAAGCACAGAGCUGAAUGGGAAAGCUCCAACGGUAUGAGCCACUCCAAACUAUUCCUAGUUGGAAACACAAGAUCAUGGGAAAAGCUCAUACUCAAUGGAAACAGAAGGCAAGCCCGAGUGAUCACGGGUGCGCUGACAGGACACUACACUACAAACCACAUGCUCCACAAAAUGGGCCUAACUACGGAUGACAGCUGUCGAGCAUGUGGAGAACAUGCGGAGUCCAUGAAACACCUACUGUGCGAAUGUGACGCGCUAGCUAGAACUAGAAUGGGUCUCCUGGGGUCGGCUUAUCCGACACCAGAAGAAUAUAGGUCCUUCUCACCCAAGCUCUUAAUCCACUACAUGGAUAGGAUCUUUGCGGAUGAGGGGGGAUAAAGGUAUA